GAACGCACCCAAGGAGGGAAGAACAGUGGAUGGAAGAGACAGAGAGACGUCUUAGUAGGAAGGAGUUUAAGAAGGCAUCGGACUGAACAAAAGUGCCAGAGCAUACUACAUCAAGACAGUCCUGAAUCUGUACCACAUCCCCCUUUCCCCCACCCAAGUUAAAUGUACACACACACACACACAUACAAAUCUACACACUCAUACAGUCCUCAGCAAUGCCAAGAGAGGCUGAUCAGCCUGCUGCCUGCUCUGACAAGACCUGUCUCCUCACCUCACACCCUUGAGGUUGUGCUCACCAAGCGCCGACCUUUGACCUCCCCUGUGUAAAGCUGGGAACCAAAGGUCACCUGUUCUGCACUGAAGCCAGGGACGCCCUCCUGACCAGCCAGGAGCUGCUGCCACCAGUGUCAUUCAAAGGCAUGGCUCCCAUUCGGGAUUCCGUCAGCCAUUCCCCUAAUCAAACAGGUUUGGAGCAUCCAGGAUUGGAUUCACAGUAUGAGCCUUCCCCCUGGUCCUCUGGCUCCCCCUGCAGCAGUGACAGCAACAGCAACUGGGGCAAAGUCCUAGUCGACGGAAGUACCGACAAAUCCAAUAACGCUUGUUCAACCAGCUCCUCUGUCUGGCCUCCCUCCUCCUCAUCAUUUUCUUGUUCCUCCUCGUCCUCUUCUGGCUGUGGUUCAGGAUCAGAUCCUGAACUGGCAUCAGAAUGCAUGGAUGCAGAUUCUAACUCCUCAGUCAGCUCAGAGAAGAACCUCGGCACUGUUGCUGCAACUACAGUAAUGAUGAUGUCAGCAAAUGCUUCUUCCUCAGUGUCCUCUGCAGCUUCUUCGCACUCCUCCACUUUGGGGACUUCCACCAUGAUGGUCGGUGUAACUGUGAAUGGAGAUGGCAACAAUCAGGUUGGAGGUGUGGGAACCAUCAGCAGUGCAAAUAAUGGAAAUAUUACUGGAUCCUCACACUACUCCAUGGCUGGGCCCAACAGUAUUGGCAGCAAUAACAUGAGUAACCACAACAAGUUAGUCAGCAGCAGUUCUGUAUGGGGCACCCAGUCAGGCAGCAACAUGAAUACCACUGGUGGGAGUAACCCCUAUAUCAAUGGGUCAAACCCAAACCUUUUAAACCCAAAUGCCAACCACGGUGCCUGGCCACAGAACCCAACCCCAAGCCCAGUGUGCCAGGGCCAACGGCCUCCACAAGCUCCGGUGAUUAGUUCCAAACUGAGUACGGUUCCUCAGCAGGGGUCUAUGCUGGGCUGGGGUAGCAUGGCAGCUCCAGACAUCAGUAUGAUGGAAGACACUGAGGUGAAUGAUGGUACAUCAAGCAGCAAGGUGAUAGGAGGCAGCAACAAUGGCAAUAGUGGUCUGCAACCUACCAACCUUAACACUGAAUCCAAUGGACCAAAUAACACUAUCAUGAUGAAUACUACUACUACUUGCACCACAAUGACCUCUAGUGCACCAGACUCUACCACCUCAGCCCACCUCAGCGGGGAUUGUUCCUGGGGUUCUGUUGGAGGAGGAAAUGGUGGACCACUGGCUAAUGGAAACCCCUCGUUAGCUCCCCAGCACCCUCAAGGAGAGUCAGGGGGUACUGGGUCCUUUGGUACACCUUGGGGCACAGCUACCUACCCUGUAGACAAGGCCCCCUUAAAUGCAGACACUGUGAACCCCCAAAUCUCCUCUACUGCUGCUUUCAAAAGUAAUAAUAACCACAACAACACUGGGGCCCCACAAUGGGACCAAGGGCCCACUAAUACCACAAACCAGCCUCAGAGUAACUUGUCCUGGAAUGUUGGCCUUAAUCAAAUUUCAGGCUCUACAGCCCCAACAUCAGGAAAUGGAAACCAAACUACUAUGGGUCCUCCAGCAGGGAUACCUCGCCCUUGGGGAAGCAGUGCAUCCUCUUCUUCCUCCUCCUCAUCGUCAUCUUUUACAUCUAACAGCAAAAUGUCCAACGGUGAAUGGGGCUCAGCAACUCCUUUCAACAACAAUUCAGAUGCUGGAAGUCAAAAAGGAAGUUCUGCCAACAAUGGGUGGAAGAGCCUAGAGGAUGAUGCCAUGGGCAUGGGAGGGGGUAAUGGUGGAAGUGUUUCUGGAGGCUGGGGUCGCUCUGGAGGAAGUGAAGGAAGCGCUGAGAGUUCUGGAGGUAAAUCCAGCUCAGACAGAGACAUCAACCAGUCUAAAGGAGGAAACCGUAGGAAGAUUAUCCCUAGCCCAGCAGUACUACCAACACUGGCCCGGGCUGAUGUAGAUCCAAGGGUUUUGUCCAACUCGGGAUGGGGACAGACGCCCAUACGGCAGAACACCAUCUGGGAUGUGAAUUCUCCUGCAAUCAAGGAUCCCAGAAGCGAGGAAAGAAAACCGAGAAGUGUAGGCUCCGGAUGGGGCUCAGCAGCAACGGCAGCUCCCUCCCAGACUUCUGGAGGUUGGGGGGUUGGGCCAAGCAGCUCAGGCUCAGAGAGUGGUUCUGGCUGGGGAGAACAGAGACAAACAUCUAGGUGGGAAAKUAAAGGACCCUCUAACGAAGGAAGUGGAAAUAGUGGCUGGGAUGAUGAAACCAGUUACAAGAGUAGUAACACCUGGAACAACAACAUUAAAGAAGACAGGUCCUCUACAUGGACUAAUGCACCUAAAAUGCAGCAGGGCUGGGGUUCCAAUAGUGGGAAUGGAAAUGAAACUUGGGGUGGUGAUGGUUCAAGACCAGGGGCCAGCAACCACUGGGGGGAACCUCAAAAAGGUGCGGGCUCAGCGGGCUGGGAUAGCGACAGCGACCGGUCUGGCUCUGGAUGCUGGAGCGAGCAAGGUCGAACCAACACUAGCAGCARUAACACCUGGGUAAGCAGCGGGGGAUCAAAUACUCCAGACCAGAGCACUCCAAACCCUGGCUCCAACUGGGGAGACACUGUCAACAAACCCAGUCCUCAGAGUAACAAUCAAGGCUGGGGUGAGCCCAUGAAGAACAACCACGGUUCUCAGAAUUGGGCCGAGUCCAACUCUAAACCCUCUAAUGAGUGGGGGAAAGGUCCUGAAUCAAACAUGUCGAGAGGCAAUCCAAGCUCCAACAAGCCUACAGGCUGGCUGGGGGGGCCCAUGCCCAUGGGUCAGAAAGAGGAAGUUGCAACUGGAUGGGAGGAACCUUCUCCAGAGUCCAUUCGUCGGAGAAUGGAAAUCGAUGAUGGAACUGCAGCUUGGGGGGAUCCUGGUAAAUACAAUGGUGGAUCUGUCAACAUGUGGAACAAGACUACUCAGUCGGAUCAGGAGGCCACGGGUCCAUCCUCUCAGAGCCAAUCCCACCCAGCACACAACUCCACUCAGCCUAUGCAGCAUAUUAACCAGGAUAAAAGCAGCAGUUCAGGAUGGGGUGAGCCUUACCCCCAGCAAAAAGAGUCUUCAUCAUGGGGGGAGCCUACAGCUGGCCCACCUGUGACAGUGGACAAUGGGACAUCUGCCUGGGGGAAGCCCAUGGACAGCACUGCUGGCUGGGAUGAGCCCAGCAGGGACAGCAGAGAUUCUGGCUGGGGCACCCAAAACAAACCUGCUCCUAAGCCCAUGGAGACGUGGUGUGGCGACGAUGCGUCCAUGAGCAACAGCUGGGAUCAGGAAGAAGAGGUGGAGAUCGGGAUGUGGAGCAACAGUCAGCAGGACAACAGGUCUCACGACCAAAACACCUGGAACUACAAGAAUAAAGGCUCCAACAAGAUGAACAAACCAGUCAACAAACAGGAAGAACCCUGGAUGAAACCUUUCAUGAACCAGUUCAACAACAUGAACUUCUCUAGAGAUUCUCCUGAUGAUCCCAUGAAGGCAGCAGGAAUGGUGACAGACAGACGGAUGGACAUGAGCAAUAUGGGAGACUUCAAUGGUGUGGUGGGGAAGAACCUGGGGUCCCGACACCAGUUCCACAAGGAUUCUGCCAUGGAUCGCAGUUCUUACUUUGACAAGCUUUCUGCCUAUGAUCGCCCAGCUUCUGAUGAGCUCUCCUCCAGUCAAAGCAUGAGCCUUUCCCUUAGCAAUUCUGCUCAGCCAGUCUCCUGUGUCAGUUCUGGGCCAACCUUGUCCCACUCUAGUUCUGGGGCUGCUCCACAGAAUGUAAACCCUAUGUUGGGCGGCAGUAGCGUAGCACAGGGCCGUGGCGGCCCCCAAUCCCAACCCCCACCUCAACCCAAUCUUCGUAACCAAGUGCCUCCACCCAUCCUGCCCUCUCAGGUGCCCCCGUCCUUGUUGAAGUACCCAGGAGCUAACAGUAGUCUGACAUCGCUGUUUGGUCCUCAGCAGGUGGCUAUGCUCAACCAACUGUCCCAGCUCAACCAGCUAUCGCAGCUCAACCAGAUCAGCCAGUUGCAGCGUCUUCUCCUUCAGCAUCAGCAGCAACAGAAGGUUCAAAACCAGAGAGCCAUGCCUGUGGGUCGUCAGAACGAUCAGACGCGUCCCAUUGGUUCAUCCCCAUCGAUGAUGCAGCCGCCGCGACACCUGGACCCCUCCCUGAUGAAGCAGGCCCUGCCACACAAAACAUACCCUGAUAGCUACUUGUCCCAGAAUCCCCCUGAGAUGCAGAAGGAUUCUGCCACCAUCGGAUCCUUCAACUUCCCUUUAAGCUUGAACUCUAACCUGAAUGUAUCCCUGGACAUGGGUGUUGGUGGUGGAAGCAGUAGUAGUGGUGGAGCUGUGAACUACAAAGAGCCACCCCAGUCCAGACUGAAGAAACUUUGGGCUGCUGACCCUCUGGAGCAGAACAGCAAACCUGGUGCUAUGUCGUCUGGCCUGCGUCUGGAGGACUCUCCCUUCUAUGAUUUCCUGUCUCCUGGUCCGUCUCCCCUGAGUCCUCCCGGCCAAUCAAUGGGCUCUGUGGGCGAUGGUUGGCCGCCCCGUGCCAACUCCCCCCCACCCCACGGAAACACUGUCACUUGGCCCCCAGAGUUCCGGCCCGGGGAGCCUUGGAAAGGUUACCCCAACAUUGACCCUGAGACUGACCCUUAUGUGACCCCCGGAAGUGUCAUCAACAACCUCUCCAUCAACACCGUCCGCGACACAGACCACCUCAGGGACAGGAACAACGGGCCAUCCUCAUCACUGAACACCACGAUGCCUUCUAACAGUGCCUGGUCAUCCAUUCGUGCCUCCAGCCACAGCGGUUCCCUCACCAGUACAGCACAAAGCACUUCAGUUCGACCCAGUGAGUCAAAGUGGUCUCCUGGCGGCGGUUCUGUGUCCAACUCCUCUCUAGCCCAUGAGCUUUGGAAAGUUCCCCUGUCUCCCAAGCCGCUGCCAGUACCAGCCCCCUCCAGACCUCCACCGGGCCUCACCAGCCAGAAGCCCAACCCUGCCCACUCUGGCUGGGAUGGCUCUGCCCUGAGGCUGGGGGGCUGGGCCUCCUCUGAGUCUAGAUACACACCUGGUUCCAGUUGGGGUGAAAGCAGCAGCUCAGGGAGAACUCAAUGGCUUGUUCUGAAAAAUCUCACCCCCCAGAUUGACGGCUCAACACUGAGGACCCUGUGCAUGCAACACGGCCCUCUGAUCACAUUCCACCUCAACCUGCCGCAUGGUAACGCCGUGGUUUGCUACAGCUCCAAGGACGAGGCUGCCAAGGCCCAGAAGAGCCUGCACAUGUGUGUUUUGGGGAACACUACUAUUCUGGCUGAGUUUGCCAGCGAGGAGGAAAUCAACCGUUUCUUUGCACAAGGGCAGUCAUUGGCCACCCCCUCCUCCAGCUGGCAGACCAUCGGCUCUCCUCAGAGCAGAAUGGAUCAGUCUCACCCCUUUCCCAGCCGCGCCUCUGAACUGAACCAGUGGAACGGCGGCGAUCUACCGAGAUCCUCUCUCUGGGGCGGGCCCAACUAUUCCAGUAGCCUGUGGGGGAGCUCCAGUGGCACCGAAUCAGGGAGGAUCAGCAGCCCCUCUCCAAUCAGCUCCUUCCUACCGGUGGAUCACCUGACGGGGGGCGGCGACUCCAUGUGAACUACCUUUCAGUCAAACAGGCUGGAGGAAGGGUCAGUAGAGUUCAUCAUUCGAAGAAAAUAAAAAAAAAGGUAGUUCUAAAUGCAA